CAUCAAUUACGUCUGACAGACAACAAGGAACAUCAAACACUCAGUACAGACUUUUCUAUUGCAAUGGCUCAAAAAAGAGCUGACAAAAUGGGAAGACGUUGGGUUCUGCUUAUGGCGGGUUCAAAGACUUGGCAAAAUUACAGACACCAGGCCAAUGUGUGCCAUGCAUAUCAGAUGAUGCAUCAGAAUGGAAUUCCUGAUGAGCAGAUCGUUGUGAUGAUGUAUGAUGACAUCGCUUACAAUAAGAAAAACCCUCAUCCUGGAAAAAUUAUCAAUAAACCACAUGGGUCAAACGUGUAUUCAAGUGUUCUGAAAGACUACACUAAACAUGAUGUGACACCUGAGAACUUCCUGGCUGUACUCAAAGGUAAUGAACGUGCCGUGAGAAAGAAUGACAAAUUGGGACAAAAGAAAGUUCUGAAAAGUGGAGAAAAUGACACAAUAUUCGUCUACAUGGCAGAUCAUGGAAGUUAUGGCGUAUUUUGCUUCCCUGACAGCACGCUUCAUGCAAUAGAUCUCAUUAACACUAUCAAUGAAAUGGCAAGUGCUAAGAAAUUCUCAAAGAUGGUAAUAUACAUGGAAAGCUGUCGUUCUGGAUCAAUGUUCACGCACCUCCCUAACAAUGUCCAUGUGUACACCGUGACUGCAUCUAAAGCUAAAGAGCCCAGCUAUGCAUGUUAUCAUGACACUGUAUUGAAGACCUACCUUGCAGAUGCAUUCUCAGCCAUUUGGAUGCACUACAAUGAAAAGGUUUACCUUGACAAAGCAACGUUCCAGAGUCAGUUUGAUUAUCUUAAGAAACAUGUCAAAACAUCCUCUCCCUGCCAGUUUGGGGACAUGACAAUCAGUAAAUGUCCUAUCAGUGAGUUUCUAAAAAACAUCCCAAAAGCUCAUCAGGAUCUUGGUAAAUAUCUGGAGUUCAUGUUAUCUGAUUUGACCCCGAGUCAUGAGGUCCCGUUCAGAAUCUUGAAGCACCGAAUCGACACAGAAGCUGACAUGGACAAGAGACAAUAUCUGAAGAAAAAAUAUGACUCUCUUCAUCAGAGAAAUGCUCAAAUAGAGAGAGCAGUUGCAGCGAUCAGCCAGCAGUUUUCUCCUGAGGUUGCAGGAGGUGCAGAUGACGUGGAUGGAGAUUAUGGGGAUGCGGUUGAUCUACAGGAGCUCAAAACUGUAGCUGAGCAUUUUAGAACAACCUACUUUAACUGGGAUGAAGAAGAGAUAGUCCUGUCACACAUGCAUGUAUUUGCUCGUCUCUGUGCAUCUGGAGUAGGAGUGGAGAGAAUCAUAGAGGUGAUGAAUAAAGUCAGAGAAAGCUGCUCAGAGUUCCAGUGAACAACACAACUUCUGAAGAUCACAUGAGAAUUAAGAAGAAUAUUUUCCACUGCUUUUUGAAAUUAAUAGAGGUUAACCCAUAUUUUAAAGUCUAACCUGUGAAAGAAUUGUCUUGAGUAAAAAAAGAGUAGAUAAAUUAUAGUUGGUGAGCUUUGGAAAGGUUGGCUUUUAACUUGCAUUUAGACAACACUCAUAAUUUUUUAUUGAUUUUUAAAAUUCAGUAACAUAAGGGAAAUGUUGACAAACAAAGUUUGUGUUGAUACACAAAUUGUAUCAAGAUUGAAAAAAUGAAACGUAUUUUAUUGAAUAUUGAUGGAGCAACAGAAUUUGCGUAAAAAAGAAAUAAUAAUGCAAGGUUGUUUUGAUUAAAAUUAAUAAAAAUAAUAAAAAAAUCUCCCUUGUUGUGAGGAAGAUUUGUAAGUUAAAUCACAACAACCUUAUGUUAUUAUUUAUUUUCACACAAAUAUUGUUGCCCCAUCAUUAUUACUAUUAUUGUUAUUUUAAUAUCAGAGCAACCAGGAACCAAUACACAACAGAAAGUUCAAUGAAGUAAACUGAUAUAUAAACAAUGAAUACAAAUUUGGUUUAAUGUAUUGUUAAGAGAUUACAAACAAGAGUCCACCCACAUGUAUUAAUAAAGCCACUGUUAAUGUUCUGAUGAUGCAAGACAGCAUCACUGUAUUCUGGUUAAACUGUUGAAGGGAGAAUCUGCAUCGGCAUUUAAUCUCAGGUAACAAUAUUUAUCAUUUUAUUCCCCUGAGCUCUAAUCACUCAUCAGUCAUCUGCUUUUGAUGGAUUCAAAUUAUUUUUUUAAAUAAACGUCCAUUGAAGUUUAAUGAUUUAAUCCGGAGAUUUGGCUUAACUGUAACUUUGAAUAGUUACAGUGGAGGUUUUUAAUUUUUUUUAUAAAUGUGCACGAUAAAGAGAAGAAAAGGACAGGUACACAGUACAAUAAUGUCUUGCAUUAAAUUUGAUCCUGCUCUCUACUGCCUCUACUGAAGCUAGUUUGAAUAAAUGGUCCUUUUGGACUGGGGAGGGACUUUUGAGCUCUAAAAGUUAGAAUAUGUUUUCAUAGUCCAUCAAAACUCAUUAGUUUAUA